AUGUAUCACGCUGAGCCAUCUCAAACCCAAAAUUAUAUGAGUCAGGAGUCUAUCAUUCUAAUGUCACCACCUCCCGUAACACAAAACGAGCCAUUUCUCCCAAACGAAGAGGUUGGAGACGACAGCGAUGCUGAGGAAAUUUGGUUCGUAAAUGCUCAAAAUCUUUUUAGUGGCGAUAAUGGAGAUUUGGAGGAUGAAAUGGAUGCUGGGAAACAACAGGUUCCUAUGGAUCUGUAUAAUCCAUCACUUCACAUGAGAAAUGUCAGCUUAGAUGAGGAAGAUAAUGGUUCAAUAUUUGAAACACCACUGCCAAUGCAAAUUGAAGGUGGUUUUUUUGGAAUGAAAUUCGCAAAUAAAGAGAAGUGUGUGUUUGCUAUCCCUCAAUACCACAUCAAACACUCUCUUGAUUAUGAAGUUUAUAAGUCUGAUUCUAAAAGAUAUAGAGUCAAGUGUAAGAAUGAAGAUUGCACGUUCAGAUGUAGAGGUACUUUGGGGGAAAAAAGUGGUACGUGGAUGAUCACAAAGGUAAGUGGACAACACACAUGCACUUUGGUUGCAAUUACUCAGGACCAUCGAAAACUGAACUCAAACAUCAUCAGUGACAGCAUCAAACGUCUCAUACAAGAGGAUGCCUCGUUGAAGGUUAAACACAUUAUUGCCCAUAUUUGUGAGAAAUUCAACUACACGAUUUCUUACAAAAAAGCAUGGAUUGCGAAGAACAAGGCAAUAGCAUCUACCUAUGGUGUCGUAAUCGAUCUAGAGACCCUACCGGCAUUAUCAGAUGACGGGACACAAAUUGAUGGUUGUAGAAUUUUCCAUUGUCUAUUUUGGGCCUUCCAGCCAAGUAUCAAGGGAUUCACUUACUGCAAACCCGUUGUUCAGGUGGAUGGGACGUGGUUGUAUGGAAAAUACAAGGGAACCCUGUUACUAGUUGUUGCACAAGAUGGAAACAGGAACAUCUUUCCAAUAGCUUUUGCAUUGGUUGAGGGUGAGACGGGUGAUGCAUGGAGUUUUUUCCUAAGGAAUCUAAGAGUGCAUGUUACGCCGCAACCCAACAUCUGUCUAAUAUCAGACAGACAUGUGUCCAUUAAAACCGCAUAUGAUAACCCAGAAAAUGGCUGGCAAUACCCACCGUCUAUGCAUGUCUAUUGCAUUAGACAUAUAGCCCAGAACUUCAUGUGA